AUGUCCACCGACUCCCCUACAAUCGAGCAACACUGCCUCCCCGGCAUGAACAUCAUGCUCUUCCACACCGGGCUUGGCGAGGAGAUUGUGACGAUCCGUGGGGAUGGCAAGAGUCCUCAUGCCGAGCUUCAGUGCCCUGAGCUGGUGGAGGACGAUGGAGAGGAAGAGGAGGAACGAGAAGAGUACAACUACCAGCCGGAACCCGUCCCAGCCCACUUCCCCAUCCCCUCUCUCACAGUCACCCCACGCCCCAGACUGACGUACGACCCCACAAGAUUCACCGACUUUACACUCCCCGGCGGACGGCCCGCCCUCAUCCCACGGGGGUAUAACCAUAACGGCUCGAGGCCGGUGCUGAAGGGCUCGAGGCCGGGGUGGAGGAUGCAGAGAGAGAGGGUGGCGAGGUGGGAGAGGAUGUCGGAUGUGGAGGAGAGGACGGAGAGGUCGGGGAGCAGUGCGAAUAGUGGUAGUGUGAGUGGGAGAGAUGGGGUGGGGAAUGGUGUUCAGGGAGGUACAAUAGUCACCCCUGAUUUCUUGGCCCCUCCGGGUCUGGCCAAGCGACAAGUCACCAAGAAGAGGUCAAAGCCAAUGGAGAUGGUGCAUAAUAUGAAGAAGAAGGUCAUGAAGAAGAUGCCGAGCUUCGAUAGGAAGAAGAGAUGA